CACGCCCCCCCCACACACACACAGUCCCGCGAUGAGCCGUUGUGACGACAGUGCUUCGGCGCUCUCCGCUGGCUGGGCUUUGGUGGCGAAGCAGCUGCUGCUGUUGCCCACGACCCAGGACAUGGCUCGCCAGGACACCUUUGUGAACCGGAGGUGGAAGUUCACGAGUCCGGCCGCACCUAGCGUGUCGACGAAAGAGUGUGCCCGGGCGUUCUUCAACCUGAUGCUGACCUGUCGACAGCUGUACCACGACCUGCCCUGGGCCAUGCCCAAAUGGUGCUUCGUCGACCUGUUUGGAACUGGACUGGAACACGCCCUCACGACCUGGGUCGACACGUUCCAAGCCGGCCUGCUCCCGCCACCCUUGCCUCGCGGCGACGAUGGUGCGGCGUCUUCGACACUCGCGACUGAAGAACUCUGGCUCGAGAACCGGUUCCUCGUGUACUGCUGGCUCGGAGCAACGUGGAACGGCCAAUGCGGCUUCUUGCGCGACAGGCUCCAAGCGUCUGCCGCUCACACCUCAGGCUUCUGGCACGAGUUUGGCAACUACGGCCGCGUCUGGUACAGCAGUUUAGACGACCUCCAGUCCUGGAACGAAUGCGCGCAGCUGGGCAACCUGAGCGACCUGGGCGAGGGGGCUGGACUGGAUGAGGAGGGUGUGGAUAUUGUGAAGAGAGAGGAGGAGGUGGGUGUAGUGGUGGGGGAGAAGGUGGAGGAAAUAGCUGAGGAGAUGGAGGAAGAAGUGGUGGAGGAGACAGGUGAGGAAGAAGUGGUGGAGGAGACAGGUGAGGAAGAAGUGGUGGGUGUGACGGUACAGCAGCAACAACAACAACAACAACAACAACAACAACAAGAACAACAACAACAACAACAACAACAACAACAACAACAACAACAACAACAACAACAACAGCAACAACAGCAACAACAACAACAGCAACAACAACAACAACAACAACUGCAACAGCAACCAGUACCUGCAGCCCCUGCGCUGUUCUCGAUUGAGGCGACCCUGAAGAGCCAAGCAGAUGCGGACCUGUUGCACGAGCUCCGCACCACGCUGCUUGCGCAUGCGCGUGGGGACAAGGUGGCCGUUCAUGUCAAGGCGCGGCUGUCGUCCCUGUCGAUGUGCCGUGUGAAUGAGGCACGGAUCUGCGCAUCACGCGCUGCCAUCGACCACCUCACGCUUCACGACAUUGACCACGCAACGCUCAGCAUUCCAAGUGCACAGCACACCCUCGAUGGCGAUUUCCAGCACGUGCGGCGCUGCACCCUUCUAGAGUGCCCCGGGCUCACCGAUGUCAGGGCGCUGGCUGGCAUCCCCGCUGUGGGUCUGUACGGGGCCACGGCCGUGGGUGGCAUGGAUGUGUCGUCACUGGCUGGUGUUGAACGGCUGAAGCUGUGGAACACGAGCGUGGCCAAUGUGGAUGGUGUUCUGACGGGUGCGCAGGAGGAGGCUGACCUGGCCAGUGUCGAGCUCAACGCCAGCUCGCUGGCUGCCCGUCGUGUCGCCCUGCGCCGCCUCAAGCACGCGCCGGAAGUGCUUCAUCUCCCCAACGCCACGCACGUGGAGCUGGUGAAUGCCCACACGCACCGGGUCGUGUGCCAGGCGCGCCUGAGGAAGCUGGUCAUCGUUGAGGAGAACCGAUUUCCCUCGCCGCUGCCGGAGUUUGAGUAUGCGGAGGAGGUGGUGCUGGAGUACGACACUCAUCUGACGGCGGAGCAGCUGGCGUACGUUGGCGCGCGCGUCGAGCGGCUGGUGAUUCGGGCCGGCCUCGCCUUCCUGGACGACCUGCGGCACGUGCCGAGCCACGUGCGCGUGUACGCAUUCGAUGUGCACGGUGUGCGAAGCAGCGCGCCGGCCCGUGUGCGAAUGUUGGGCACGAGCCACCUUGGGUACUACAAGUGCGAGGCGCUCGCUUGCGUACCGCACGUUGCCCUCCGCUACGCCCCGAGUGGUGGCAUGGACAGCCUGCAGCACCUCACCAGCUGCAAGUGUCUCCACCUCUUCCGAUGCCCGCUGCGCGAGGACGUCACCGGCUUUCGUGAUGUGCGCAUGCUCUGGUGCCAUGGCUACACCGCCAUUGCAUCCAUUGACUCGCUCAUCCUCAAGAAGGGCCCAAUCCUCGGCUCCCCGCAUACCCCACCACAUGCACCGUCGGAAGCACCAUUGGAUGACGUCGGCAGGAAGAGCCGGCGUGAGGCCCGGAGGCAUUUACACGUGUCGCACGUGCGCGACGUUGGGAAUUGUCGGCUUGACGAUUGCACCAUCCUCACCUUUGCCUGCCUGCACAACAUCCAGCGGCUGGUGCUGUUCCGGUGCACAUUUGGCGAGGACGCCCUGCAGGGCAUGCCUGCGGUUGGCUCGCUGGUGCUUCGCGAGUGCACGACACCAGACACGAUGUGGGCGUGGCCCGAUGUCGCCAUUGUGGGCCGCUCGCCACAGGAAGUAAUCGCGCUGCUGCUGGCAGGCCAGACGCGCGCAACACAGUAACGUUUGAGUGAGGGGGG